CGGGAAGGGGAGCGUGGAGCAGGAGCCGCAGGGUGCUGGGAGCGGCGGAGGAGAGUCUCUGAACAUGAGCCCCUGUUGGUGAACUUGCAGUGAACUGAUUGUUUUGCCUUCUGCCAGCUCACGCAUCCUGGUCACCAGAAUGUUUUGUCAGGUCAGGCUUAAAGUGGUCGGUGAGACAGGACCCAACUUAAGUGCCCCAUCAUGUGUCAAGACAGACCAGGGAAAACUGUGAGCUGUUGACGGAAUUACUUCUGUGAAUCAGCUGGUACUUCUUUUUGUCUCUAGUUUUGAAAUCAACCUGACAUUCAGAAUCUUCUCAGAAUAGGAUGAGGGAAAUUCUGAAGUUCUCAUUAAACACUUUUAUGUCUCAAGGUUUGGAAGGAGCCAAAUGCCAAAGGCGAGAAUCCCAGAGCCUUGCCCACACUGGUGGCAAUACCCCGAUAAUUGUCUAACAAACGCAGCAUGUGUCCACUGGGCUUGACCCUCUGCUGAGCAAAGUUCCAGAACAAUGAGACAUCUUGGGAUUCUUUAGGAAAGGCCUUUCACUACCAGCUGGAAAUCACCUCAGUGUUCUUUAAACAAUCGUGUCUUGAGAUAUUUUCACUGUGGUCUGCUCUUCUGCUGUAUGUUUCUCACCUAUGUGAAACAGAAGGAUGACCUUAUUCUAUGGGCAAGAUAACUGCAAAAGAAGGAGCUGUGUGUGUACAAGUCUGUGGGAAGAGAAAGCCACCUAGAAUGCCCCCACCAAACCAGUCGGUGGAAGGCCUUCUCCAGGAGGCCCCUAACAGAUCCGUGAAUGCAAUAGAAACCACAAAGGCUUGGGACCCAGGAACCCUCCAGGCACUCAAGAUCUGUCUCGCUGUGGUCCUUUCCAUCGUCACGCUGGCCACGGUCCUCUCCAAUGCCUUCGUGCUUACCACCAUCUUCCUCACCAGGAAGCUCCACACCCCAGCUAACUAUCUCAUUGGCUCCCUGGCCAUGACUGACCUCUUGGUUUCCAUCUUGGUCAUGCCCAUCAGCAUUGCAUAUACCAUCACCCAUACCUGGAGCUUUGGCCAAAUCCUGUGUGACCUCUGGCUGUCUUCUGACAUCACGUGCUGCACGGCCUCCAUCCUGCAUCUCUGUGUCAUUGCUCUGGACAGAUACUGGGCUAUCACAGAUGCUCUGGAGUAUAGUAAACGCCGAACAGCAGGCCAUGCAGCCAUCAUGAUUGCCAUUGUCUGGGCCAUCUCCAUCUGCAUCUCCAUCCCACCGCUCUUCUGGCGGCAAGCCAAAGCUCACGAAGAGAUGUCGGACUGCCUGGUGAACACCUCCCAGAUCUCCUACACCAUCUACUCCACCUGUGGGGCCUUCUACAUCCCAUCUGUGUUGCUCAUCAUCCUCUAUGGCCGGAUCUACAUGGCCGUCCGGAACCGCAUCCUGAAUCCGCCAUCACUUUAUGGAAAGCGCUUCACCACAGCCCAUCUCAUCACAGGCUCUGCAGGGUCCUCACUGUGUUCCCUCAACCCCAGCCUCCAUGAGGGGCACUCACACUUGGCUGGCUCCUCUCUCUUUUUUAACCACGUGAAAAUCAAGCUUGCUGAUAGUGUCCUGGAGCGCAAGAGGAUUUCUGCUGCUAGAGAAAGGAAGGCCACAAAAACCCUGGGGAUCAUUUUAGGGGCCUUCAUCAUCUGCUGGCUGCCCUUCUUUGUCACAUCUCUGGUCCUCCCCAUCUGCCGGGACUCCUGCUGGAUCCACCCAGCCCUCUUUGACUUCUUCACCUGGCUAGGUUACUUAAACUCCCUCAUCAACCCAGUAAUCUACACUGUGUUUAAUGAAGAGUUUCGGCAAGCAUUUCAGAAAGUUGUCCAUUUUCGGAAAGCCUCCUAAUAUUAUUUGGUGGUGACUUGGUACAAUUGGGUUUGUCUUUUUAUUUUUCCUGAGACUUGGGUUAAUUCACAAUAUCUUGGGUCAUGGUUCGAUUGGUAGAAUUGUUUUGUGUUCUCUUUCCUGUCGUUGUCUUGACUUCUGAGUAACCAAAAGCUGGGCAGCUGUGUGAAAGGCUCAGGACUAAAGCUUGACAGGACAGAGGUUGGCAGAAACAUGACCCACAGAUUCCCCGCUGAUACAGUUCAUAGGGAAAACUGUCUGGCUCCAUAGACAGGACCACAGGCUCAAAGGGAAGACUUUCUGCUCCAUUGGAGAUUUCUAUAGUGCUCAGUGGAGGGUGGAGGAGAUCAAUGACCUGAGUUGAAAAAGAAUUUGAGUCAGGAUGGAGGGGUCUCCCUUCCAUGUAGCACCUUGAAUGGAAAAUAACAUCCAUGGAUUUCUUCCAUUGAGUCCUUCUUAGAUUGAAUCUAUCCCAGUUGUCCAUGGGGGAGGUUCCAGAUCUGGAACGCCAGUGAUAUAGAGUGACUUGGAAAAAGAUUCAGAAGCUGGGGGCCAGGGGUUUGGGUUGGUUGGAAACAGAUCAAUUACCCUAUAUCCUCUUCCUUUCCCCUUGUCUCUGUACCAUCUUAAUAUUCUGAAGUUAAAAACCAUAAUCACCUCACUGAAGUAGAUCAAUAAGCUUUGGGCCCACCAAACUCUGAGUGGAACACAAUUCUGAUUUUAUUUUUCUGAAUUAUUUUUUUGCAACCUGUCCUCAUUAGGGAUCUUAAGACAUUGAGACUUACCAAAUAAAAAGUAUGAGACAU